AUCUGAUCCAUUUAUCCGGAAGGCCAUUGCCCAUUCAUCUCUCUAAAAAUACCAAAAACUUGAAAAAAAAAAAACAGAAAAGAAAAAGAAAAGCCCUUAAAAUAGAGGAAGCAGUAGCCACCUUCGCCAACGAAUAGCCGUUGAUGAAAGCUCGAGGGGGAAAUCAAUCAGCUCUGCUGGGGGGAAUUACAGGCGUCCUUCUCUGGAUGAUUGUUUUCUAAUCAUUAUUAUUAUUAUUAUUAUCAUUUCCCUUUUUUUGGGAAAAAAAAGUAGACAAAAAAUAAUAAAUUUUUGUAAAUUAUGGACUUGCAAAUCAAGGUAGCCCAAGCCGUUCAUGUCUUGAAUCAUGAUACUCAGUCGUGUAACCGCGUGGCUGCUAAUCAAUGGCUGGUUCAGUUCCAGCAAACCCCCGAUGCUUGGGAGGUUGCCACUUCUAUUCUCACCUCCGAUCAGCUUCAUCUCCAUCUCCAGCCUUUUUUCUCGGAGUUUGAAGUCGAGUUCUUUGCUGCUCAGAUUCUCAAGCGAAAGAUCCAGAGUGAAGGAUAUUACUUGAAGUUAGAAGUUAAAGAUGCAUUGCUAAAUGCUCUUCUUGUGGCUGCUAAAAGAUUUAGUUCGGGCCCUCCCCAGCUUUUGACACAAAUAUGUCUUGCACUUGCUGCGCUUAUACUUCGUGCUGUUGAGCAUGGAAAACCCAUUGAGCAGCUUUUUUACAGCCUUCAGACUCUGCAAAACCAGGAUGAUGGUAAUAUUGCUGUUCUGGAGAUGCUUACUGUUCUCCCUGAAGAAGUUGUUGACACUCAAAAUACAGAUACUAGUAUUAGUCCAGCCCAUAGAAGCCAGUACGGCCAAGAGCUUCUCUCACAUACUCCUACGGUGCUCGAGUUCCUACUGGAUCAAUCUCAAAAAAUGUAUGAUGGUGGUCUUCAACUGCAUGAAAAGAACAGAAAAGUUCUCCGCUGCUUACUCAGUUGGGUACGAGCUGGGUGCUUCUCAGAAAUUCCACAAGGCUCAUUGCCAACGCAUCCACUUCUAAAUUUUGUAUUCAACUCUUUGCAGGUUUCAGCUUCAUUUGAUGUGGCAAUUGAAGUGCUAGUUGAACUUGCAAGUCGACAUGAGGGGCUACCUCAGGUUUUGUUAUGCAGAGUACAUUUUCUUAAGGAGGCACUUCUUCUACCAGCUCUCAGUAACAGAAAUGAGAAAUAUAUCAGUGGUCUUGCUUGCUUGAUGUCAGAAAUUGGGCAGGCUGCACCAUCUCUAAUUGCGGAGGGAGGUGUUGAGGCACUUGCACUGGCAGAUGCAUUAUUGAGCUGUGUGGCAUUUCCAAGUGAAGACUGGGAGAUUGCAGACUCGACAUUGCAGUUUUGGUCUACUCUUGCAAGCUAUAUUCUUGGCCUUGAUAUGGAGAGUGCAAAAGAUGGGAAACAUGUGAAAGACGUGUUUUUUUCUGUUUUUUCAGCAUUGCUUGAUGCUCUUUUAUUACGUGCUCAGGUUGAUGAAUCUACAUUUAAUGAUGAGAGUGGAAUGCUUGACAUGCCUGAUGGCCUUGUUCAAUUCAGGAUAAAUCUUGCUGAACUUUUGGUGGACAUUUGUCAGCUUUUAAGACCUGCAACAUUUGUACAAAAGCUUUUCUUUGAUCGCUGGGCAUCUGCAACUGUACCGGUACCUUGGAAAGAGGUGGAAGCCAAAUUGUUUGCUCUUAAUGUGGUAUCUGAAGUAGUCCUCCAGGAGGGCCCAACCUUUGACUUUUCUGUGAUCAUGCAGUUGGCAACAAUGCUGUCUAGUGGGCCUUCUGACAAGCUCAAGGGAUUUACCUGCAAUGUAUACAGAUCACUUGCAGAUGUUGUUGGAUGCUAUUCCAAGUGGAUAUCUACUUUCCAAACUAAUGCUAGGCCUCUACUAUUAUUUCUUGCUGCAGGGAUUUCAGAGCCUCAGUGUUCAAAUGCUUGUGCCUCUGCCCUGCGUAAAUUUUGUGAAGAUGCUUCUGCUGUGAUUUGUGAACCCUCAAAUCUGGAAAUUUUGAUGUGGAUUGGUGAGGCUUUUGAGAAGACUCGUUUACCUUUGGAAGAUGAGGAAGAAGUAGUUAGUGCAAUUAGCGUCAUCCUUGGCUCUGUUCCAAACAAAGAGCUAAAGAACAACUUGUUGGCUAGAUUGCUUUCCUCUACCUAUGAUGCUAUAGGAAAACUUAUUGAAGAAGAUAAUGAUCAUUCUUUUAGCCAAAAUCCAGCUACAUAUACACAAAUUUUGAACUCUGCGGCGAGAGGGUUGCACAGGAUAGGAACUGUAUUUCGUCAUCUUGCUACACCUCAGCCAAGUGUGCCUGGUGAAGAUGAUACUAUAUUUGGACUACUAAGGAUUUUUUGGCCCAUGUUAGAGAAACUAUUUAGGUCUGAGCAUAUGGAGAGUAGCAAUUUAUCUACUGCAGCUUGUCGAGCUCUUUCACUGGCAAUUCAGUCGUCUGGGCAGCACUUUGUAAUGCUAUUGCCUAAUGUACUGGAUUGCCUUUCAAGUAAUUUUCUGUCAUUCCAAAGUCAUGAGUGUUACAUUAGAACUGCUUCUGUUGUUAUCGAAGAAUUCAGUAAUAGAGAGGAGUAUGGACCCUUGUUUAUCAAAACGUUUGAAAGAUUUACACAAGCAGCAUCAGUAAUGGGUCUUAAUUCUUCAUAUAUAUGUGACCAAGAGCCAGAUUUAGUGGAGGCCUAUACAACUUUUGCAUCCACAUUUGUUCGAAGCUCUCGUAAGGAGGUGUUAGCUGCAUCUGGUUCCCUUCUUGAAGUUUCCUUUCAAAAGGCUGCUAUAUGCUGUACAGCUAUGCAUCGUGGAGCAGCGCUGGGAGCAAUGUCGUAUUUGUCAUGUUUUUUGGAAGUGAGCCUGGCAUCUUUGUUGGAAUCUAUGUCUAUUCCUGAAGGAUCAUAUGGCGCCAUAACAAUUCAGGUCAUAUCUCAUAGUGGUGAGGGACUAGUAUCAAGUGUGGUGUAUGCACUGCUUGGUGUUUCAGCAAUGUCACGGGUUCACAAGUGUGCAACAAUCUUGCAACAAUUGGCUGCCAUUUGCAGUUUCAGCGAGAGAACAACUUGGAAGGCUAUUCUAUGUUGGGAAUCUUUACGUGGUUGGCUACAUGCAGCGGUGCAGGCUCUUCCAGUUGAGUAUCUAAAGCAAGGGGAAGCUGAAACUCUUGUGCCAAUUUGGUUGGAUGCCCUUGUUGGUGCUGCCUCAGACUAUCUCAAGAGUAGGAGUUGCAGAAGCGGAGAAAACAAUUAUGGCCAUAUGCAAGGAAAAGGAGGAAGGGUUUUGAAGCGACUAGUUCGAGAAUUUGCUGAUAGUCACCGCAAUAUCCCAUCCUGAAUUUAACUUAACUCGCAUCAAAUGUAACUGAGACAGUCCAUAGGUUGAAGAGCUGCUGAGCCUGUUGCUAUCACAGCUGUAAAUUGUUGGCUUGCUUUUCAAGCUUGGAAAAAUCCUGGGGUCUAUCUUUUGAGCAAAAUCCCCACAUUGUAAUUACUCUCCUGUGGCCGUAGUUUUUGUUCUAUGUACAGUACUCCACCAAUCCCAAUUUUUGUCAAGCCUCCCAAUUCCCAAACACCAUUGCAGGAAAUAUAAGUAGAACAUACACUUUGUUUUACCUCAUUAGCUUGAGAGAGUAAUGUUCUGCAACAGCUGCGGCAAUAGAUGAUUACAUUAUACCUGCAAAUAAAUGAAUUCUGUUUAUUAUUUCAA